CAGUCGAGCAGAGCUGAGCAGGGCUCCGGUGGACAACCUGAGGCAGAAAAGAGACCGAGAGAUAGAUCCCUCCAUCGCCACCAUGAGCUACGACCCGUACUACCCCUCCUCCUACAAGCGAUGGUACGGGGACAGCGCCCCGCGGCAGGCCCCGAGGACGCGCUCCUCCACCCGGGUCAUGUACUCCACCCACGGGGCAGCCGCCCUCUCCUCCAGUGCCUCCUCGCGCCUCCACCACUACCUGUCCCCGAGCCGUGCGUCCAGCACGGCCGCCAUGGAGCUGGACCUGAGCCAGGCGGCCCACAUCAGCUCCGAGUUCCGGGUGGUGCGCACGCAGGAGAAGGCGCAGCUGCAGGAGCUGAACGACCGCUUCGCCGGCUUCAUUGAGCGCGUGCACGAGCUGGAGCAGCAGAACCGGGCGCUGGAGGCCGAGCUGGGGCUCCUCCGCCAGCGGCACGCCGAGCCGUCCCGCCUGCGCGCCCUCUACGAGCAGGAGGCGCGGCGCCUGCGCGACGCCACCGAGGAGGCGCGCCUGGAGCGCCAGGCGGCACUGGAGGCCCGCGAGCGCGCCGAGGAGGCGCUCCACGGCCUGCAGGCCCACUACGAGCAGGAGGCGCUGGGCCGCGAGGAGGCCGAGGGCAAGCUGCUGGAGGCGCGCAAGGCGGCCGACGAGGUGGCGCUGCAGCGCGCCGAGCUGGAGAAGCAGGUGGAGACGCUGGCCGACGAGCUGGCCUUCCUCAAGCGGCUGCACGAGGGCGAGGUGAGCGAGCUGCAGGCGCAGGUGCAGUACGGCGCCCACGUUGCCGUGGAGACCGAGGCGGCGCGGCCGGACCUGUCCAGCGCGCUGCGCGACAUCCGCGCGCAGUACGAGCGGCUGGCGGCGCGCAACAUGCAGGCGGCCGAGGAGUGGUUCCGCGGCAAGGUGGGCUCGCUGACCGAGACGGUGGCGCAGCACAGCGACGCCGUGCGCAGCUCCAAGGACGAGGCCGGCGAGUACCGCCGGCAGCUGCAGUCGCGCAUCCUGGAGAUCGAUGCCUGCCGCGGCCUCAACGACUCGCUGGAGAAGCAGCUGCAUGAGAUGGAGGAUAAGCAGAGUGGUGAGAUCGCCGCCAUGCAGGACACAAUCGGCCAAUUGGAAGAUGAGCUGAGGGCCACUAAGGGGGAGAUGGCUCACUACCUGAAAGAGUACCAGGACCUCCUCAAUGUUAAAAUGGCCCUUGACAUUGAGAUUGCUGCAUACAGAAAAUUGCUGGAAGGGGAGGAGUCUCGCUUCAAUGUGGGCAUGGGCGGUGGCGUGUCCAGCCUGUACUCCCACAGCCUGUCCGCUGGGCCUGUCUUCUCACGGCCUCUCUUCUCCAGCAUGAGCUCCGGUGUCCCCUACCUGCUCAGCUCUCGCCUCCUCAGCUCGUCCUACUCCUCCGCUGACGAGGUCAUCACCUCCGCCCAGGCCCCCAAGGCCGAGGCCACCCCCACCAAGGAAGAGGAGGAGGAGGAGGAAGAGGAAGAGGGAAAGGAGGAAGAGGAAGAAGUGAAGGAGGAAGAAGAGAAAGAGGAGGAAGCAGAGGAAGAGGAGAAGGGAGAGGAGGAAGAGGAGAAGGAGGAAGAAAAGGAAGAAGGAGAAGAAGCCGAGGCGGAGGCUGAGGCUGAGGCUGAAGGUGAAGAGGAGGACCAGAAGGAGGAAGGUGCCGGAAAGGAGGAAGAGGAGGAGGAAAAGAAAGAGGGAGAAGAAGCAGAGGAGGAGGGAGCCAAAGAGAGCGUAGAGGAAGGAGCUGAAGAAGCAGGAGAGGUGGAGAGCUCCGAGGCGAAGGAAGAGGAGAAAGAUGAGGCUGCAAAAGACGAGGGGGAGAAGGAGGAGCCCGCUAAGGAGGAGGGAGAGAAAGAAGCACCCGCAAAAGAGGAGGUGAAAGAAGCCGAGGCCAAAGCCGAGCCAAAAGAAGAGAAGAAAGCUGACGUGAAGGAAGAGAGCAAAGCGAAGGAGGAGAAGAAGAAAAGUGAUGAGAAGGCCGAAAGUGAGACGGUGAAAGAUGAAGGCGAGAAACCCAAACCGGCCCCAAAGGAGACUGUGAAACCGGAGGAAGAGAAGAAAAAGGAGGAAGCGGUAAAGAAAGAGAAGAAAGAUGAGAAAGAAAAGAAAGACGACAAAGACAAGAAGGAGGAGCCUGAGAAAGCCAAGGCCAAAAAGUAAAAGCACAGGAUGCCAACAACGUUAACCCCCUUCUACACGUAAACCAUAUGUGCACACCUGACAAACGAGUUAAGACAUGACAAAUAAACCUCUGCAAUGUGCUUGCAAUUCUGGUGCUUCAACACAAUAGCCCUGUUUUUCAGUGCAGUACUGUAUCAAGGCUCAAUAAAGUACAAUAGAUCAGUUCAUACCUAUACUGUAAAGUUUUGGCCACACACUAGGCCUCUGACUAUGUGACUAAUUAUUGUGAACCAGCUCUACAGGAACAGAACCUGUCUUCAGAAUGUUGAGCACUACUGCUAAUGCAAUAAAAUCUCCCUGAACAACAAAA